GUCAUGUCAAGUCAAGUCAAGUCAAUGAAGAGUCUCAUCAACCUCUCUCCCCAGCAGCCGCCUAAUAAAUAUUCUCUAUUUUUCAUCUUGGAAGCUAUGCCGAAACUAAAAAACAAAGGGCCCAAAUCAGGCAAAGUGGAAGCAUCUGCGCCGCAGCCAUCAGUUCCUCCAUCAUGGCCAGCUUUCAAGCCUUCUCUACCGAUAGUUGACUUGUCCCCCGAACCACAUCCAUUGACUUCAAAGGUUGUUCUUAUACCUUCAUUUUUCCCGCGAUCGCUCUGCCGCGAUUAUGUCGCCUUUCUCAAAACCCUCCCUCUACAAACAACGCCAGGUCGUCCCAGGCGGGGCGAAGCAGUUCGUGUCAACGACCGGUUUCAGAUUGAUAGCUAUGACUUUGCUACUCGCUUAUGGGAACAAACUGGUUUGAAAGAGGUCUUGCUAGAUGGGGAUGUUAACGAGAAGUGGUAAGUUUUGCUUCGUUUCAAUCCGCCAUUUAUCUUGAACUGCAAUGGUCAUGAUGCCGUAGACAGCAUAAUUAAUGUUGCGUAGGGAUGGUGAGCCUGUUGGACUGAAUCCUAAUAUUCGCGUGUAUCGUUACUCGAAAGGCCAGUUUUUUG